GGAGAGUGAGGCUCUGGUCAGGACAGAAUAGAGCGGAGCCUGGAACGUCUAAAGGGAUGCGGGGGAGGCCGGAGUGACUCGCUCCGUAUAGAAGACUAGUGAAGCAGUCAGUGAGCUCCGCUCCUCCCCUCCACCUCCUCCGGUGAUCUCACCAGCCCAGCCUGCGGCUCCUAUGAUCAGGGAAGAGAAGGGGACGCGGAGUUUGGAAAGCCCAGCAGCGGAGUGUGGAGUGGAAGGGACGCCUGUCCGGAGAGUCAGCGGGGAUUGGUGUGUUGGAGGAACAUUGGUGUCCGGAGCUCUGGCCGUCCCCGUCCUUUGUGUCCUUGUGGGAAGUCAGCCUGCGGCCGCCUCUCCCUCCCCAGACAUCUCUCCUUCUCCAACCAUGGCCAGCAGUAGCAGCAGUAAUAGUACGAGCAGUGCUGGGCCCCUGACCGGGCGUCUCCCGGGGGCCCGGAGCGCCAACCCCCGCAAGGGCCGCAUACUGGGCUUCAUCGAUGCCAUCCAGGAUGCUGUGGGACCCCCCAAACAGGCGGCGGCUGAUAGGAGGACAGUGGAGAAGACAUGGAAACUGAUGGAUAAAGUGGUAAGAUUAUGCCAAAGCCCCAAACUUCAGCUGAAGAACAGCCCUCCAUACAUACUUGAUAUUUUGCCUGACACAUAUCAACAUUUAAGACUUGUUUUGAGCAAGUAUGACGACAAUCAGAAGCUUGUACAGCUGAGUGAAAAUGAAUAUUUUAAAAUAUACAUUGACAGUUUAAUGAAGAAAUCGAAAAGAGCAAUAAGACUCUUCAAGGAAGGAAAAGAGAGAAUGUAUGAAGAACAGUCACAGGAAAGGAGAAACCUUACAAAGCUGUCCUUAAUAUUUAGCCACAUGUUGGCAGAAAUUAAAGCAAUCUUUCCCAAUGGACAGUUUCAGGGGGAUAACUUCCGUAUAACAAAAGCAGAUGCUGCAGAGUUCUGGAGGAAGUUCUUUGGAGAAAAAACCAUUGUGCCAUGGAAAGUAUUUAGACAGUGCCUUCAUGAAGUACAUCAGAUCACAUCAGGCUUAGAAGCAAUGGCUUUAAAAUCGACAAUUGAUUUGACAUGCAAUGAUUACAUUUCAGUAUUUGAAUUUGAUAUUUUUACAAGACUUUUUCAGCCUUGGAGCUCUAUAUUAAGGAACUGGAACUUUCUAGCAGUGACUCAUCCUGGUUAUAUGGCAUUUUUAACAUAUGACGAGGUCAAGGCACGUUUACAGAAGUACAGCACUAAAUCAGGAAGUUACAUUUUUAGAUUAAGUUGCACAAGACUGGGACAAUGGGCUAUAGGAUAUGUGACUGGUGAUGGGAAUAUUCUGCAGACGAUACCUCAUAACAAACCAUUGUUUCAAGCUCUUAUCGAUGGCAGUCGAGAAGGAUUCUAUCUUUAUCCUGAUGGAAGAAGUUAUAAUCCUGAUUUGACGGGUCUGUGUGAGCCAAUGCCUCAUGAUCACAUAAAAGUUACCCAGGAACAAUAUGAAUUGUACUGUGAAAUGGGCUCUACUUUUCAACUGUGUAAAAUCUGUGCAGAAAAUGACAAGGAUGUCAAGAUUGAGCCUUGUGGCCAUUUGAUGUGUACGUCGUGUCUAACAUCUUGGCAGGAAUCUGAUGGUCAAGGCUGUCCUUUCUGUCGUUGUGAAAUCAAGGGGACUGAACCAAUUAUAGUUGACCCUUUUGACCCAAGUAAUGAGAACAGGAUCUGCAACAAUAUGGACUGUUUAGGUACUUCAAUAUUGGAUUUUGAUGAGGACGAUGAGAGGGAAGAAUGCUUGAUGAUAAUGAACAGACUGGCUUCUAUGAGGAAGAUGAACAACAGCCAUAAUUCACCAAUGACAUCACCAGGUUCCUCCCCACUUUCACAGAGGAAAAAAACACCCCCAGAUCUAUCAGCGCCACAUCUGAACCUUCCACCAGUUCCUCCUCGACUAGAUCUUAUUCAGAAAGGAGUAGCGCGCUCACCUUGUGCCAGUCCAACAGGCUCACCAAAGUCUUCUCCAUGUAUGGUUCGAAAACAAGAUAAACCACUUCCAGCUCCUCCUCCUCCUUUAAGAGAACCACCUCCUCCACCAGAGAGACCGCCUCCGAUCCCACCGGACAGCAGAACAUGUAGACACAUACAUCAUGUGGAUAAUGUGCCUUGCAGAGACCAGCCAAUGCCCCUUGAAGCCUGGUGUCCAAGAGACAUUUCUGGUGCCAGUCAUUUAACUACAUGUCAUAUUUCACAUGACCGUUCCCCUAAACUUGGAAAAACAGCUAAUUCUAUUUUCAAUGGAAGACACAUGAGACACUUGAGUUCGGAUGCCAGGCUUUUGCACAAACAACAUAAACAUCAUGAUUUGCCUUCAGAAGGUGUAAGGGUUUUAUCAAAUGUUUUAAUGGAAGAAUAUGAUGUGCCUCCCAGAAUUUCACCACCUCCUCCAUCUAUAUCUAUUCACCCUGCUGUGAACCCUAGUAUAAAGUGUCCUUUACUGUUGCAUUCUCUGUCUGAUAAAAUAAGGAAUUCAACAGAAGAUGAUGAUAGUGAAUACAAAAUCCCAACUUCCCAUCCUCUACAUUCGCGUCCAUUGCCUCUUCACUGCCAUAGUAUAAAGCCUUUCUCUAGGUUAUGUGAAAAUGGACAGUGUUUGACAAAUGGAACCCACGACACAUCAGAGUUGAAAAAGCUGAAGCCUCCAGAUCUAAGUGACGAAGCAUUUGACAGCCCCCCUCCCUCACAGCCCCCUCCUCCACCACCCCCUCCAGCACGUGCCUGCAUCACCGAGCAUGCAAAAUCAUCAGUGUCGGGAAGCAGACCGAAUUCCGGCGUUGACCUGUUUCUUCCAUCAGCUGAUCACUGUUUGGAAGCUCCUUUACCACCAACUCGAAGGGCACCAAAUGAUGUCAAAAUAAAUAGACUUUCGCAAGAAUAUGAUCACCUACCGGCAUGCUCAGAAUGUCCACAAGCACCAGCCAGACCACCCAAACCACUGCCACGCAGAACAGCACCUGAAAUUCAUCACAGAAGACCUUACAGCGCUGACUGUUCAGCAGAGAAUGUAGAUGCAAAAAUAGCUAAAUUAAUGGGUGAGGGAUUCUCCUUCGAAGAAGUUAAAAGGGCUCUGGAAAUUGCUCAGAAUAAUGUAGAUGUGGCACGGAGCAUACUGAGAGAAUUUGCGUGCUGCCCUCCUCCUGUCUGCCCACGUUUAAACUUAUAACAAGAGGACAUGUCUUUUAGGACCGUGGGUUUGAAAAGGAAGAAUGGAUUUCAUUUAUCAUCUUAAUUUAAAAACUGUCAUUCCAACAUUUUGUCAGAUGUUUUGGGGCUUGAAUAAUUGCUUACUUAUAUAUCAAAAAAUAAAGGGAAAAUUGAUGUGUUGAUUUUACAAAUCUGCCAUAUACAGGUGUAACAUAUGGCCAUGUUUUCCUUUCUAAAGUAAGCCUGUGAAUUAUUUUUUAUUUUUCAUAGAUUUUAAAGCUGGUAAUUUUUUGUGCUAUUUUUUUUUCCAGAUUUACGUUCCUUUUUUUUCUUUUUUACAUUCUUAAGUUUUUUGUUGUAGAAGUUCACCAGCACUUUCUGACCUCAUUGCAUUCUGGAAAAUGCUUUUCUUUUUUUUUUUGUAGUUUUUUUAUAUUGCAUUUUAAUUUAUCCAAAAUAUACUGCAAACAGUGGCCUUUACUACUGACAUACUGAGGUUUUUUUGUAUUCUGUGGAAAAGUAUUUGAAUGUACAAUGAAUGCAUUUUUGUGGGUGAUUUGCCUUUGCAAAAGUAUUUUGAUACUGUUGUUAGCAGAGAUGUAUAACUUCAGAUAUGCUGACUUUCAAUCUUCUAUGAUCUUAGAUGAAAGUGCAUAAAAGGAAAAGGCUUACAAUAAAGAGCAGGAUCAUUUUUUUUCCUGUGUAAUGUGAUGUUUGGGGAAAAAUAUGCAUCAAAGAAUAGAACAGUUUCAAAUAUGUGAUCUCUAUUGAGGUUUUGGUGCUGGAUGUAGAGCAAUAAGUUUGUGGAUUAAUGACAUCUGUAGAUUUCAGAUGUAACAUUUAAAUUUCUCUCAACUUUCUGACUGCAGAGUAUGUCUGAAACGCAUUGGUCAUUGUGGUGACCUGAAUAUGUAGUUUGAUAUGAACUUUGAGUAAACCUUACCAAUGACAAAAAUA